AGUGAGUGAGUGCGCGUGCAGUGAGUGGAAUGUGCUCGGCCGCAUGAGGAUCCUGCUGAGUGAGCUGGGACUGUCCGGCGCGUGCUUCGGCCUGACCCUGGAGUCGCGCGAAACUUCGCUGGACCCCGAGAAGCCUGCGCCAGGUCAGCGCCCGCACGACGAUACGCGAUCCAAUACUUCUGUGUUUAUUUUCGCUUUCGUUGUGUAGAACCUCUGGGUGUUGUAGACUUUGUGUGGAACUGUCGUGACAAUGGCCAUCGGCUAGAAUGCGAGGUGCGUUGCUGACGCCCUCCAGCCAACACUGCGCCUUUAGACAAUUCCAACACACACGGCCGAGCGCCAUAGAGCCGCGCUCGCCAAGCGCUUUUUCGUCCAACUCUUCCAGCAUGCUACUGCUGCAGACACACAGCAACUACGGUUCGUCCUUCACUGAUUUAUUAUCACCGCAAUAUCAAGAAGAUUCGUCUGAAAUUUUAGAAGAAAACUUAGAUCCAUUUCCAGACGUAGAAUUUCACGCACCUGUUCCUGUUGAAGUAAAAUCACAGCGAACAACACCUGUAAGCGAUCCAUCUUCACCAACUCUAGGGCCAACACUGCCUAGUUUUGAAGAAACGUAUUCAGUUCGCUACCCUAAACAAGAAAUGGCAGAGUUUGGCAUAAAAAUGGAUGAAGAUUGUUAUAAUGUCAGCUCAUAUGCUCAUCAAGGGCAUACAUCUACACAAUUGUUGUAUCCAUAUCACCAACCGUCUAUUCCUUAUGUUCCAUCAACUUAUUACGCACCAGCCCAACCUUGCAGUCCAACAUUUGAUACUGGUGGAAUUAAUCACACUCAAGACUCAUAUUCUCUGCCACCUUUUCCAAGCUCGGUAGACAUUCACAUAUCUACAGAUCAAUCGAGACAACGACGGGCAUCGCUACCAGUACAAAGAUCAGAGUCUAGUAGUUCUAAUGAUAGUCCAAAACUACAUGGUGGAAGAGUACAUUGCAUGCAAGCUUCAGCACCUAGUUCUGCUUCAAGUUCUCCUGGAGGAGCACCACCAGAAGGAAUAGGUCAACGCGCAGCUCCUUCUUCCCCAAGUCAACUAUGUGCCGUAUGUGGUGAUACGGCUGCCUGUCAACACUAUGGUGUUAGAACAUGCGAAGGUUGCAAAGGAUUUUUUAAAAGAACUGUACAAAAAGGCUCUAAGUAUGUUUGUUUGGCAGAAAAAUCAUGUCCUGUAGAUAAAAGAAGACGAAACAGAUGCCAAUUUUGUCGAUUUCAAAAAUGUCUCGCUGUUGGAAUGGUCAAAGAAGUAGUAAGGACGGAUUCUCUAAAAGGGAGACGUGGAAGACUGCCGUCGAAACCAAAAUGUCCCCAAGAAUCACCACCAAGCCCUCCAAUUUCCCUGAUUACGGCACUGGUCAGAGCGCAUGUUGAUACGUCACCUGACUUUGCAAAUCUUGAUUAUUCGCAAUAUAAAGAGCCAAAUCCAAUGGAACCUCCGAUGUCAGAUUUAGAAGUGAUUCAACAGUUUUAUUCUCUACUAACAACCUCGAUUGAUAUGAUAAAAGUUUUUGCUGAAAAAGUGCCAGGAUAUGGAGAUUUAUGCCCUGAAGACCGUGAACAAUUAUUUGCAUCAGCACGACUUGAACUAUUUGUUUUACGACUUGCCUACCGUACCCGCCCGGAGGACACCAAACUUAUUUUCUGCAAUGGCCUCGUGCUGGAUAAGAGACAUUGUCAGCGAUCCUUUGGAGACUGGCUACAUGCAGUACUCGAUUUCAGUAACACUUUGCACUCUAUGGAUAUAGACAUUUCUACAUUCGCCUGUCUCUGCGCAUUAACCUUAAUUACAGAGAGACACGGUCUAAAAGAACCCCAUCGUGUGGAACAGCUGCAAAUGAAGAUUAUAGGAUGCCUUCGCGCCCAUAUGCCAGGCGGCGGUAGCGGUAGUGCCGGAGGAGCCCCCCACUUUAGUCGCGUGCUUGGCGCCCUACCUGAACUACGUUCCUUGUCCGUACAAGGACUUCAACGCAUCUUCUAUCUUAAAUUAGAGGAUUUAGUACAAGCACCUCCUCUCAUCGAAAAUAUGUUUCGCGCCAGCCUUCCUUUCUAGGCUACCACGCUCCCCAAGGACCACUCCCGCCUUCAAAACACAUUUUCCUUCUACUUUUAGAACCGACUCCGUUACUUUUAAGUGUUUAGAUUGAAAAAUAUUUUUAUAGUCUAAUUGGAAGUUUUAUAGAUUACGAUCUCCUACGGAAUCGGUUCGUAUUAAGUACCUAUCAGUUUCAAAUAAUUAAGCGAAGAAGACAAUUGUAUUGCAUAAGUACUAAGUUAAGCUUAAUUUAUUAUAAAUACUUAUGUAGGUAGGUAUGUCAUAUUUGAGUGUGAUUUCGUUUAAUCUUAUAACAUUGUGUACUUAGUCUGCAUUUGAGUUACCGCUCGUGAUCAAUGGCAUCUUGUCGUACAAAUAUUCCUAUGUUAUUUACUUGCGUAUUAUUUAGAUAAGAAAAAUCUAGUCACAAGACUUAGAAAUGUUAAAAAUUGGCUCGUAAAUAUCGGGCUUUAAUACCUAUAAGAAAAGUUACUUAACGAAUGAUUAAGACAUUUGAUGUCCUGUUAAAGUUAAGUGUGAAAGUGCGCGGAGCGCCACAGUGUCCACGACGCACAUGCUGCGUGUUAUGGCACUAUAGAUACUCGUACCUAUGCCAAGGUAUGUUGUGUCGGACCGAGCACACGAUUGUUGGAAGUUACCUUUAGGUUUAAAUUAUUUUAUAAAUAAUUUUAGACGCUAGGACGUUAACGUAAUUUGUUAUAAAUAAUAAAAACGGCUAGAGAAAAAGUUCAGCAUAUGCUAAUAUAACUCCUAAAUCCAUUGUGUCUUAAAGAGUACCUUUCUAGAUAGGUAGUGUAGAAAUUUUCUCGUGUGUGUACCUUUUUAUAUACUCAUAUACAUAUUAUAUAUGUAAUGAGUACCAAAAACAUAUCACUUCUAAUAUUUUUAAUAAAAGUUACUGUACUUUAUAUGCCAAUUGAUAAUGAUAACUUUUAUAUCAAUAGGUGUAUGAAAUAUUGAAUACUCGUAAACAUUGUGAAAUUAAACGUGAUAUGUGCCUGUGACUUGUCUAAUAUUUUAAAACAAUGUAUCAUUUGCAUUAUACCUUUUCACAUUACAUUUACCAAAAUUAUACAGUAAGUAUCAUGUAUUAAUCAACAGGUACUCCCUUUUUUCGCUUCUCUAUUUCGCGACUAAGCACUAUUCUGUUUUUGCAAUUUUGAUGUUGUUGCAUUUUAAUAUACACAGGUAUAGUCAAUACCUAAUGAAAAGCAAAUGAACACUAGUGAAUCUAAGGCGUUUCACACACUAACCGCGCAUCACGACGGUUCCCGCCCUCUGCCUAUACGGCAAGAGACAGUCAAUGUGUGAAGCGGCUUAUUGCACUAUAAAAAAAAAUUAAAACUUAUAUAAAGUGUUCAAGUUAUUGCGUUGCUUAAUAAAUUAAUAUCUGAUUUAUAGAAUUAUUUAGGCUAUAAUCACCUCACCGGACCAAUAAUUACAGCGUAGAAAUAUUUCAAUAUAUACGUUUAUAGGUGUGUUUGAAUAACUCCACUAAUAAAUAUAUUUACUAUAGAAAUGGCCAUAAAAGAUUAUUAUUAACGGUUUUUAGAGAGUUAUAAUAGUAAACUAAAUUAAAACCUUUAAUACAGGUGUUUUUGUGUCAGGUGGCCAUUUGUUCUAUAGUAUAUUAUUAUAAUAAAAGUAUAAAAAAUUGCCGAAUGUACUUACAUAAUAUUAUAUUUAAAGGGAAGACUGUUUACUCUCGAUCACGAUGGUGAUCGAAAUUUAGAUAAUUCAUAUAAAAUAUAACGUAUUUAAUAUACUGAAUAUUCCUAAUUUAAAACAUAUUGUUGCUUUUUCAUAAAAUUUCCUAUCACAGAGAAAAGUUAGAACUUUUCUUUAGGAAGUAGAUGUUAAGAUAUUUAUAAAGACGCGUGAAAUUGAUAAUUUUAUACGAAAUUGGUCAUAUUUUGAUAUUAUAUAAGUAAUAUUUUGGUAUAAAAUUCUACAUGCUGGACUUUUUGCUCGAUAGCCAAAACUCCUUUAUAUUAGUUAAUUUUGUAGAUUUAUAAGUUGUAAUCAAAAAUUAUUUCUCGUUACUUUAAAUAUAUGGCGCGAUCCCAAUUGUUGUACCUUUUGUACCUACUUAAUAAUUUUCUGGUUGUGCUCUACAUAUUGUUACCAGACAUUUGUAUGUUAUGAGACCAUGUUACAUAUUACUCUCUUGAUACACUAAUGACUAUAAAUGAACUCAUAAAAUACCUAUUAAUAUCCUUACAUGAUUAUUUAGAAUUUACACUCAAAAAUAUGGAAGGAAAGGCGCCACCGCGCUGCCUUUUUAUCUACUAUUUCUAUGCUUCGUAUGAUUUAGAGAGUAUGUACCUAUAUAUUAGUCUGAUUACUACAACCACUUAUUAAAGUAAUAAUGAGAAAUCUGAAACAUUCUCUAAAAAUCUAAUAAAAAUGAUCUCCUCAAAGUUAUUAACAAAAAUUGUUAUUCAUCGAUAUUAUAUAUAAAAGUCAUAUGAAAAUCUGAUUUGAUUUCAUAUUACCAUACAAAACUCAUUUAUUUGAAUGUAUUUAUUUAUAAGUUUAUAUAACAGAAGAUAUUUUUAAGGCUCGUACUAUAUAAAAUGUGAACCGUUCUGAUACAAAUAAUAUAAACAAGUCCAUACCCAACAUCCUAUGUCUACUUCUUUGUUUAUAGCCUUUCUAUGAUUGUAAUAAAUUGCGUUUUUUAUCUCUGAAUAGGUCGAUGUGCUUUUGUUAUAAUUUUCUUUGUAAAUAUUUCGUCAGAAUAUAUUGAUGCAAAAGCGUCUUUUGAA